AUGGACAACUGCAACAGCAAGCCUGGCUUUCACACCUGCAGCCACCCAGAAGACCAGCAGCCCCUUCACCAGGUCCCUACCAGCAGCACCCACUUCCUGUUCCUGCUCCUCCUGGAGCUGCCUCUGCUCUGGCAUGCUGGGGGCCGGGCCCUCAGAACAGGCUACAAAGAAGCAAAAGAUGAGGACUUCUGUAUCUUCCUCUUUUCCCACCAUCCCCUUACCCGUACUAAUAUUGUCGCUCGUGGCUCCCAGUUUCCUCCCAUCCUGGCACCAGCUCUUGAGAACCAAACCCAGAAGAGGGGCCGAGAAGGAAACGAAGAGGCUGGAGAAGGAAACGAAGUGUCCAGAACAGCAGAAGAGGGGACAGACGAGCUGACCUUCUGCGACUGGGCUCCAGCCUCAGACCCUGCUGCCACAAGGACGUCCAUGAUGGCUCUUCCAGGUGAAGAAGGGGAAACGGACUUGUGUUUUCCAGGCUGUCUGACUGUGAGUGGCCCCAGCACCUGGAUGGGCACCGUGGGGGAGUCCCUGAGCGUUCAGUAGUAUGAAGAGAAAUACAAGACAUUUAACAAAUACUGGUGCAGACAACCAUGCUUGCCAAUUUGGCAUGAAAUGGUGGAGAUCAGAGGGUCUGAGGGAAUGGGUGAGGGAGGACGAGUGGUCAUCACAGACCAUCCUGAGGACUCCCACCACCGACAUUGGGAGAACCUCACGGCAGACGAUGCAGGAAAAUACCGAUGUGGGAUUGCAACAAUACUGCAGGAAGAUGGCCUGUCUGGCUUCCUGCCUGAUCCCUUCUUCCAGGUUCAAGUGCUGGUCUCCUUGGCCUCCAGUACUGAGAACUCUGUGAAGACACCUGGAUCUCCCACCAGGCCCAGCCAAUGCGAAGGUCUCUGCCCAGCUGCGCCUACUCUGCUUCUCCCACUCCCAAAGGUGCCUUUGCUCCUGAGCAUACUCGGUGCUAUCCUCUGGGUGAACAUACCUUGGAGGACUCCUUAGACAGAGUCCAUGAACAGGAGAACUUGCCACACCCCACGCCCACUGGAACCCUGUCCAGAGACAGCCCUCUGA